AGAUUGACAUUUUUAAAUGAUAUUUUUAACACUGUUGGACAAGAUUACCUAAAACUAUCACAACAAACAGUAAACCUAUUAUCCUAUGAAACUAAGAUCUGAGGUAACCUCAAUUCGAUGACUUUAAUUUCUUUCUUAAUGACAUUCCUUGCGUUUGUGUAGACUCAGAACGAGUGCAAUAACUUAUUUAACCUCAGAGCGCCGCUAUUCCCCAAUCAUCACGAGAAAUUCAGGGAGAGGGCCAGCUAAUCUUCCUAGUCGCUAGGGCAAAAAGAUCCCAGAGGCCAAACUAAAACACUCCAGGAUGCACAGACAUUCACGACCCUAAAAGAUCCAGAUUUGGGUUUUUGGACAAGUACUACACGGAAAACAGAAUUCAAGGUGUAACUCUGAAAGUUGCAGAAGAUCGUUUCUUAACUGAAAGAAUGAUCGCUGAGCAAAAACGCAAAAUCUCCAUGCCGCCGGUCCUCCUUUGUUUUCUACUGGGAAGCUUGUGGGAAACCAGUGCUGCCCAGAUCCGCUACUCAGUUCCCGAGGAGAUGAAGAAGGGCUCUUUUGUGGGCAACAUCGCCAAGGACUUGGGGCUGGAGGUGAGGAUGUUGUCGCAGCUCGGGGCUAGAAUCGUCUCCAGAGGUAAGAAGCAGUAUUUCGCUCUCAAUGUCAGAAACGGCAGCUUAGUCAUCGGAGAAAGAAUAGACAGAGAAGAACUAUGCACACAGAGCACCCAGUGCCUGCUGAAUUUUAAUGUUCUGGUUGAGGAUACAUUGAAAAUUUAUUCAGUAGAGGUGGAAAUAAUCGACAUUAAUGACAACUCCCCUCACUUUUUACUAGAGGAGCUAGAACUAAAAAUCAGUGAAACCACAGCUCUAGGAACACAGCAUCUACUGGAAAAUGCUUAUGACCCUGAUGUGGGAGUGAAUUCCCUCCAGGGCUAUGAACUGAGCUCCAGCGAUCAUUUCUCCCUGAAAGUACAUAGUAGAGCUAAAGGAGUCAAGUACCCAGAACUGAUACUGGAGAGGGCCCUGGACCGGGAGGACGAACCUAUUCACCAUCUCAUGCUCACGGCAUGGGAUGGAGGAGAACCAGUCCGGUCUGGCACUGCUCGGAUCCGAGUGACUGUCCUGGAUGCAAAUGACAAUGCACCAGUGUUUACUCAACCAAUUUAUACCGUGAAUGUUCCUGAGAAUGUACCUCAGGGGACAGUGCUGCUUAUAGUGAAUGCCACAGAUGCAGAUGAGGGAAUCAAUUCUCAGGUAAGAUAUUUUCUAGUAAAAAUACCUGGGAAGAACUCAGAAAUAUUUCAACUGAAUUCUGUGACUGGAGAACUUCUAACCUUACAAAAUCUGGACUAUGAAGAUGCAGAAUUCCAUGAAAUGGAAGUAGAGGCCCAAGAUGGACUUGGUCUCAGGAGCAGAGCGAAAAUUCAUGUCACUGUUGUAGAUGUGAAUGACAAUGCCCCAGAAGUAACUAUCACCUCUGUCACCAGCUCAAUCCCUGAAAAUGCUCCCCCUGGCACUAUCAUUACUCUGUUCCAUGUGCAUGAUAGAGACUCUGGCAAAAAUGGUCAGGUCCUGUGCUCGAUCCCAGAUGACCUGCCUUUCAAAUUAGAAAAGAAGGUGGACAACUAUCAUUCACUGGUGACUGACAGGGCUCUGGACAGGGAACAGGUGUCUGAGUACAACAUCACAGUGACUGCAGUAGACUUUGGGGGCCCACCUCUGUCUACAGACACUCACAUCUUCUUACAUGUGGCAGACAUCAAUGACAACCCACCCACUUUCAGUCAGUCAGCCUACUCUGCCUACAUCCAGGAGAACAACCCCAGAGGAGCUUCCAUCUACUCCUUGACUGCCCAUGACCCAGACAGCCAGGAGAAUGCCUUAGUCACCUAUUCCCUUGUGGACAGUAACCUCCCCUUGGAGGCACCACCACUAUCCUCCUAUGUCUCCAUCAACUCAGAGACUGGUGUGCUCUAUGCUCUGUGCUCUUUUGACUAUGAACAGUCCCAGGAGCUUCAGCUGAGAGUGACAGCCAGGGAUUCUGGGGACCCUCCUCUCAGCAGCAAUGUGUCCCUGACUCUGUUCAUCCUGGAUCAGAAUGACAAUGCUCCAGAAAUCCUGUACCCUGCCUUCCCCACAGAUGGCUCCAGUGGAGUGGAGCUGGCCCCACGCUCUGCAGAGCCAGGCUACCUGGUGACCAAGGUGGUGGCAGUGGAUGCAGACUCUGGCCAGAAUGCCUGGCUAUCCUACCAUCUGCUCAAGGCCACAGAGCCAAGGCUCUUCUCUGUGGGCCUGCACUCAGGGGAGAUCAGGACUGUCCGGGCAUUCCUAGACAAAGAUGCCCUCAAGCAGAAUCUCCUUGUGGCAGUGACAGAUAAUGGGGAACCUCCCCUCUCUGCCACCAUCAGUGUCACUGUGGCAGUGGCUGACAGCAUCCCUGAGAUCCUCUCAGACCUCAGCAGCCACCCUGCCCCUGAGUCCCAGGAUGACUCUCUCCUCACAUUUUACCUGGUCAUAGCAGUGGCUGUGGUUUCCUGCCUGUUCUUUACCUUCAUUGUCCUGCUGCUGGCUCUCAGACUGAGGAAGUGGUGGAUGCUUCAAGUUGUACAGUCUGCAGCUGACCAUGUGGGGGGAGUGUCCUCCUCACAGUUUUUGGGAAUAGAUGGAGUGAGAGCUUUCCUUCAGACCUAUUCCCAUGAAGUUUCUCUCACCAUGGAUUCUCGGAAGAGUCAGUUGUUCUUUCCUCAGCCCAACUAUGCAGACACUUUGAUAAGUCAACAGAGUUGUGAACAAAAGGAGUCUCCAUUUCCUGCUCAGUCUUUACUUCAAGGAAAAGAUGAACAAACAUCUUUCCAGGUAAACUUUGUUCUGUAAAAUAGACUUGCAAAUUAUUGCCUAUGAUUUGUGAUGUUACUUUUCUAUCUUUAUUGUUCACUGGAGAGGUCCAAUCCUUUUUCUAAUUACUUUGCUUAUGAAUAUAUGAUCUAAGAGCUCAAUUCCAGUAAACCUAUUACUGUAUAGCAUAAUACCAUAGAGAACUUCAAGGUAUCAUGGGCAUCAUCCAGUCAAAACCCAAGGAAUGGGAACUUAUACUUAGCACUCCUUAGGUCACAUUGGUGGCUAAGCUACCUAUAUAUGUCUAUUAGAAAUUGCUCCACUGACCUCAAAUGCAUAAUUGUGUUUGAGAUUCCAAGUUUAAUGGAUUACAGAUUCAGAUGGCCAAACAACUUUUGAAUUUUUACUUUACAUAAUUUUGCAUAUGUCCACACAUGUGUAAAUGAAGCUGCUUCUAAGAUGGAAUCUCAAAUUAAUAUAGUCUAAAGGUUUGUUGUAGUAACUAAAAUAGAAGCAUGUGCAAUUUCUACUUAUUUAAAGAAGGUGAAAUAAAUAUUUUCUCCUUUUGCAUAUUUAUAUUUCCCCCUGGAUUUUGAGAACUGUAGUAUGGCUAGAUUUACUGGGUAUAUUUGUUGGAUGAUAAGUUCAUGUAUAAUUUUCCAUAAUAUUUUCAGUAAAUACACUUCUGUUUGAGCUUUCUAAAUUCCUAUGUUACCAAAUGAUGACUUAGAUUUUCAUGGGUGAAACUCCACACAGGAAUAACUUAGUUCUGAUUCACUUUUUUGAAGACUGUGUUUCCUUGAGCAUAUCAACAGGUUUUUUUUAAGUUGGAAUUGGAUGUUUAACUAAUACUUCAAUACACUGUCAUGCUUUGCCAUUUCUCAAAAACUAUCACUAUACCCCAAAUAAUGAGUUGUAUUUCUAUUUCUACCAUCUGAAUGUCAAUCUAAAUACAUAUGAAGGGAUUCAUUAACCUCAUCCUCUUUAGAGUAUGAAACUUUAGCUCCAGAAACUUUCAAAAAUUAAGAAGAAAUAUCAGAUCCUUAAAAUAUUGAAAAACUUUUCCAAGAUAGUAAAAAUUGCUUUUGAUUUAUUUUUCAGGUCUAAAAAUGAUUACAUUUUAUCAACAUUACAUUGAAGAAGACAGGUUAUUCUUAGCUGUGUCAUCAUGACCUUCCUACUAGACUUUGUCAUAUUUUAUAAACAUUGCUUAAAUUCAGCUGCAGUGCAAUAGAAGGAUCAUGGAAUAAUGACAUCAUCAGGCUAGUGGUCUGGUGAUUGGAGGUUAUAAUUAUAAUAACAAUAAUAACUCAUUAGAAUUUACAUAGUGCAAUAAGGCUUACAAAAUGCUUAGGAGUCAUUUUCUCAUCUGAUCCUCACAAACCCUUGGUUGUAGUCAAUUGAUAUUUGUGACCUAUUUCUACCACUUCAUUUUUCACAUUACUGCUUUACAAGUUUUGGGAGAACAUUUUCAAAUGUAACAAACUUGAGUUGAUGCUAAGUACAUUGAACUGCCAGGCUACAAUUAUAUAUUUAAUCCAUGAAUAUUUAAUAUGUUGUUCUCAGGUACAAACUAGAACUAUGUCAAAAUAACUCUUGAAGUAUAGAUAAUAUAUUAAGAUAGUCAUAUAGAUAAAUAUGGGUAUCCAUUGACACAUAGAUAAAUCUUAACAGAUGCAUUAAGAUAGAGAGAAUAUAUUUAUCAUUCUAAGGUUGUAAAGUGACAUAACCAAUAACAAAAGAGAAAUUUUAUGUUCUACAAAAGAUAUUUAUUGAUGUUCAGUUAUAUCCAGCUAUUCCUAAUUUUAUUUAGUGUUUCCUUAGCAAAAAUACACUACUGGUUUGCCACAUCCUUCUACAACUCAUUUUACACAUGAAGGAAAGAGGUUCUUAUGUUAAGUAAAAAGGGUUAAGUAACUUGCCUGGGGUCACAGAAGUAUUAACUAUCUGACAUCAGAUUUGAGUUCAGAAAGAUGUUUUUCUUACUUCAAGACCAUUGCUCUAUCCUCUCAGUCACUUUGUCACCUAGGUGAGUUAUCAUUUAUUUAGGCUAAUAGGUAAUUGUAAGAAACCUGAAAACAAAACAAAAAAAAUUAUAAAAAUUGGGAGUAAAAGAAUUCACAUAUCACUACCAACUGUAAUUUUUUUAUGAUUUUAUGAAUUUAUGAUUGAAGAUACCUCCAAUUCCACGACCCUCUAUAAUCGCUCACUUCAUAACGGCAAAUAGCCUAUUUAGCCUUUGUAGAUAACUAGAAGGGGUGUAAAAAUUGAUUUAGACUCUGGGUGCCGCUGUUCACCAUUCAGGAAGAGAAAUGCAAGGAGAGAGCCUGCCUAAUUCUCCCAGGUCCUAGUGCACAAAGCACCGGAAGACCCAACCCACACACUCACGAAUGCAGAGAAACACAGCCUCCUAACCUGAAGCUCCAGAUAUAGCCUCUGGACACAGACCACCAGGAAAACAGAGGAGUCACGAGUCAAUCACAGACAGCAGGAAGAAUAUUUC